AUGUAAUACUUUUUUUCGAAAUAAAAAUAUAUUUUUUCAUUUCAAAGUUCAAAAACCUUCGUCGACUUAAGUUUUGAAGCAAGAUUAAAAUGUGAGAGUGGGUGAUCUGGGGAUUUUUUUUAAUUAUUAAUAAAAUUUAAGUGUAAAACUUAUUUUAAUAAAUUUUUCAACUAUAUUAUAAUUUUGAAAGAAUACUUAACCAAAGAUUUUAAUAAUAAAUUAACCCAAAAUUAUAGAUUUAAUAUAUAAAAAAUAAUUAAUUACUUAACUCUCCAAAGCUAUCUUAUCUUAUUUAAAUUAAUAGCAAAGCUUUUGAUGAUGAAAAUAAUCAAAUUCUUCUUGAUAUAAUUGAACUGUUAAAAAGGAAUAAUUACACUUCUUCUUAUAUAACUUUGAAAUCUACUAAAAAACUAAUUCAUAAAAGGAUUUUUUACAGAACAUCAAUAGAGAUUCAAAUGAAUUGGUCAAUUGCUUUUUUUUUGUAAUUUAUUUGAUAUUAAAAAUUAUGAUAAAAUUACAGUUUUACUGCAAAACCGGUUUACAAUUUUUAGAAUCUCAAUAAGAUUUUGAGCAAAUUUUUAAGGUCUUUUAUAAAAAAAAUAGCAAAUUCUUUCAUAAAAGUAUUAGCAUAAGCUAUCAUGGCUUUAUGCUUUCAUUUUAAAUUAUAAUUUAAAUCAAUUUUCAAAAAAAAAUGCUUGAAUUAUUUUUAGCAGCUUCUUAAGCUAAAAAUUAAAAAAUUUCUAUUUGUUUUUUAGGUAAAGUUAAUAGUUAUGAAUAUUUAAAUCACAUUGUUUAAUUAUGAAAAAACAUAAAUACCAUUUUUUUAAUUUCAAUAUCAGUGGAAUAUUCAUAGUUCGAAAUUGUCAUAGUUUAAUUCAAAUUUUUGA